AUGGCAGCUGUGGAUAACACACCGAAGAGGAGCAUAAAGUUCAAAAUCACCUCAAAAGGAUUACGGCAUGAAUCAGCAGACAAGUCACGUGAAAACAUGACGAUGAUCGUGAAUAAUGAAAGCAGAGAUGGAGUUACUGCGAAUGGAAAGUCUAUUACAGUCAAUUUUUCCACGUCAGGCAACUCUAACAAGCGCAAGCAUGGGAUGAUCCUGAAGUGUCAAAGGGAGAAAAAGGUGAGGAUGGAUAAUAGUUUCAAGAAACAGUGUAGGAGCAUUUUGAGAUCACUAAUGGAGCACCCUCACGGAUUUGCUUUCAAUCAACCAGUUGAUCCUGUGGAGCUGAAGAUUCCUGAUUAUUUUUCAAUAAUCACUGAACCAAUGGAUUUGGGUACGAUAAAGCAUAAACUUGAGGGCAAUACAUACUUCAAUGCAGUGGAAUUUGCUAGUGAUGUCAGGUUGACCUUUUCCAAUGCGAUGCUGUACAAUCCUCCUGGGAACUAUGUCCAUAACUUUGCAAAGGAAUUGAAUGAUUUUUUCAAUAAGAGAUGGAAGUUAAUGGAGAUGAAAUUGAAGUGCACAGGCAGAAACUUUGAACAGUUAUGCAAUUUAGAUGAAAUGAAAAAGAAUGGCCCCACGCUAGUUAAAAUUGUUCAUAAAGAUGAUGGCAAUCUAAGUGCCUGUGUCACUGCCAAUGGAAAACAACCACUUGAUUCUCCUGCAGUCGAAUGUGCUAUAUGUGGUGGUCUGAUGUGCCAAUGCAGCCUUAGAAGAUGUUCUAUUAAGCCAUCUUCUAGUGUAAGAUCAUCUGAUCGUGAUCAGUGUGCUGAUUCUAAAUCUGAUUAUGCGAUUAAAUAUCCAGUGACGUCUCAUACAGGAGAAUUAAAGCUGGAUUCAGAUGGGCAUGAGAGUGUUUCCAAUGGAGACAAUUUUCAGCAAAGUCCCUCUUCGCCACCCACAACUGCUGCCAUUGAUGAAGGAUUUACUUCACUUGGUUAUAUGUCUCCAAAUAAGGCUUUGCGCGCUGCAAUGCUAAAAAGCCGCUUUGCAGAUACUAUCUUCAGAGCUAAACAUCAAUCUCUCUUGGAUCAUGCUAAGAAGAUUAAUUCUGUGAAUCAGGAGAAAGAAAGGGAGAGACUUGAAAGGCUGCAGUGUGCAGAUAGGGCUAGGAUUGCAGCAGAAUUUAGAGCUGCUGAAGCAGCCUCACGAAUGAAGGCAGAGACGGAAUUGAAGAUGCAGCGUGAGAGAGAAAGAGAAGCUGCCAGAAUUGCAGUAGAAAAGAUGGUAAAAACUGUCCACAUUGAUGAAAAUCAAGGGAUUAUGGAGGACCUUGAGGCAAUAAUGGGAGCCAUCAGCAGUGGUGACUUGAGAAACCCUCUGGAGCAGCUUGGGCUGUUCAUAAAGGAUGAUUACAUGGAAGAUGAUGAAGAUGCCAUUUUGCGAGAAGAGGGGGAAAUUCUUUCAUAG